GAUGCCCACUUCUGCCUGCGCUGCUUGUAGAAUACAACGCAAAAAGUGUUCUGAAGAUUGUUUGCUGGCUCCGCAUUUUCCUUCUCAUGAUCCCGAUAAAUUUGCAAUUGUCCAGAGCGUGUUUGGGACCAGUCAUAUUGUCAAAAUGCUCCAGGGUAUCAAGGCUGAGGAAAGAGCAGAAGCAGUAAACAGUAUGGUGUUUGAAGCAACCGCGAGGACAGAAGACCCUGUACAUGGGUCUGCAAAUGUAGUCCAACAAUUGCAGAAGCAGAUUGCUGAGAUGAAAACCCAAUUGGAAAGCAUGAGAGAAGAGCUCACAAAUCUGCGUUCACAGUAUGAUAAAAUUGUAUUGCUCCUAAACACAGGAUCUCUUGAUGCUGAAAAUGCUGUAUAUCCCACUGAUGCAUUACCACAACCAAGUGAAGAAAUCUUGUAUGAGGAGGUCGAUCCCAUGCUGUUAUGGGAUCCGCUAUGGGAAUUAUAAAAUAAAAAUACCCAAAACCACAUACUCAUUGCUAUGGCUUCAACAACAUUUUAUUGUAUUGUAACAACGUAUAAGUUGUUAUUGUC